AUGACGUGGUGUUUACCUGAUCUCUUUAUUACAGCAAUCUCUAUCUCCUUUCUCUUCUCCUCCUCACCAUCUUCCGUGAGACCCCACUUCCCCAAAUUCCCGUCUAUAUCCUUUCAGGCAAACCCUCGCCGGUUUCUGAAAUUCCUCUCAAUGAACCAAUCCAACAACUUUCACUUCGCCAAUCCACAGUCCCUUUCCGAUUGGCUCAAGCUCAGACUCCCCUCCGAUUCUUUGGCCUCCUGGGGCAUCAAACCCGGUACUAAGAACGUUCAAAACCUCUGGCUCGAGCUCGCCGAGGGUGAGACCUCCCUUGCUGAUUCCUCCCCUCCGCUUCGUACCCUCAAUGUCGUCACGGUGAGAAUUCUUGGGAAAGACGAUAAAGUGCUUGUCGAGUCACAUCAGGAGUUAUCGGACGGAAGCGUGAGGAAGCGCUGUCGAUCCCUAUCGGAAAAGAUGAAGCCGUAUGAGACCCCUGAAGAGGCUGUAAUUCGUGCUAUCAAAGAAGAAAUCGGAUCAAUUUUUGGCGGCAGUAAUGUGCAUGAUGUCGUUGAAAUCUUGCCGGGAACGUACCAGAAGAAGGUGGAGGAGCGGAAUUCGGUUUCGUACCCGGGAUUGCCAGCUCGUUACGUGUUGCAUUCCGUGGAUGCUCGGGUGGAUGGGUUGCCAGAGGCGGAAUUCUGUACAGAAGAAGCAGAUGAGUAUCCGAAUCGCCAGGAGACUAAUGCUGCAGAUGAGGCAGUGUCCGUCAAGAGGCAUUACUGGAAAUGGGUUAGUUCGGAUUCAAUUUAGUCUUUGUUAUGGCUUUAUAGAUUGUUGAUUUUGACUUGGAAUAAAUAUGUACCCUUGAAACUUGUGUUGUUUAUGGCAUGAUGUCAUAAUGUUUCUACUUGUCUGUCAUGUUUCUUCAAUCUGUUUGAACUGCUGUGAACGUGAAGUAUACUAGUAGUAAUUUACUUUAUGUUUUGUUUA